CAAUCCAAUUUUUUCCAUCUUUUACUUGUUCUACCUAGCUGUAUUGAAGGUGUUUUCUCUCAUUAUCUUUCUUAUUUACUGGUUGAGCUGUCUCACCUUGCCAUGGGUUGCUAGUACACUGUCUGUGAUUGGUCAGCUCUGUAUGACAAUGAAUCCAGUGAAUGGGCAGUGUUUGUUUGAGAGCAUUGAAGCUUGUUAGACCUCACUUGUCUAUCCGGUAACUGGCACCAUUCAUAAUACAUUAUAUAGUGAUUUAAGCUUGGAAACAUUUGAAGUUUCCCCGUUCUGUGAAUUCAAACAGCUCUGAUGAACCAACUGAUCAAGUGUGAGGAAAUACAUUAAUAACAUUAAUGUUACAAUCAGUAUUUGGAUAUAUAUUAGCAAUGUACGAUAUAGUAAUAUGCCUAUGGGUGUAGACUAGUGCCUUCAGAACUUCCAAAUAAUGAUCGAUCCACAGAACUAUAUAAACGAGUGAAAGAGAUACAUGAGAAGGAGAGUGUCAUGUUUAUGCAGCAACAGCCACAAAGCGAGUCACCAGUAAGAAGUCAAUUGUUUGGUGUCAAACGAAUUAAAAAGAAAGAAGGUAACCCAGCUCCAGCACCAAGGCCCAAGUCAUGGCACAAUCCUGGAGGAGUGAACUCUUUUAAUCUUCAUAUCACAGACACUCAUAAACAUCAGGAUUCCAUUGUACCUCAGCACAAACCUGAAUCCAGAUCAGUCAUUAGUGUAGAUGAGGACAAGAGUACCAUGUAUCAUAGGAGAGUAAGUGACUCCUUCACCCAGAACCAGGAGAAAAACCUGUCACUAAAAAAAAAUGCCAAAUCUUUAAGCAGUUUGAAUUCAAAUAUCUUUGAUUCGGAACACAGACAUUCAAAGCCUCACUACGGAAUGGUAAAGAGGGUUGCAUCACAAAUUGAUAGUAUGAAUCUAACUGGGAGGCCUGAUUAUUCAGGCAGUGGUCAGGAUUAUGUACAAAUGGACAACUUCACCACCGGACCUAUUAAACCAUCAACUGCUUAUAAUCCUAAAUUUCGUUCAGCGAGUCUUGAAAUUGAACCGGCCGAUGUGUACCCUAAAAAAGUUGUAUCAAAACAGAUUAACCGAGAUAAAGCAAUAGCAUUCAUGGGAACCAUUCCAAAUAAAAGUGACAUACAGAAUGGAUCUUCCCACCAACUACAUGGACAGGAGUACUAUAUACAAAAAAGUCAGGUAUAUGGAACAUCUCAUUCACAGAAUAAUAACUGGAGUUCUGGAAAAGUUCAAAUGCCUGUUAGGCAAUUUGCUAUUGAGGUUGAUCCAAUUGACUUUCAAAAGCAGAAACUUCCCAGAGACAGUGAUAUGACAUAUAAACGAGAAAGUAAUCAAGAUCCUGUGUACAUUCCACAUAAUGUAGUGGAACAUGUGAAGAUGAAUCCACCUCCGCCACCUAUUCGAGAUGUAUCUAGCCUUGCUAAGCCUAGUCUCAUCAGUGACCAUGCAAAAUCUUCCUCGUGGCCAGUUCAUAGUGGUCCGAAUACACAAGCGGACAACAAUGCAACAACAAGAAACAACACCAUCACAAGUGAUUCAUUACCACCUGUUAAACUUACCCGUGAACAAGAGAUGAUUACACCUAGACAGAAUACUUUUUCAAAUGAAAAGCAAAGAAAUGAACAGUAUAAUGCAAGACCAGUUAUUGUUUCACCAAAGACUAAAACAACAAUAAAGAAAAAAGAAACCUAUUCAUCAAACUCGGGUCUUUUCACAGCAACUCUUUACCAGGUCCAGACUGAUGAGCCUGGAAAUUCUGAUGACUUCUAUGCAUAUGAAAAAAGUGAGCAAAAUGAAUAUAGCAAGCCUUAUGACUAUAACGCUUACAAUGUACCCUCUCCUCCAACUAGAGACAUUGAUGUAGAAUCUGUAUCGCCUCAACCAAAUACCUUAUCAAGCACCUUGAGCUCAGAAAACCUUGUUGAUCAUUAUCGAAAUCAUCUUGAACAAGCUCUUCAAAGAGAAGAUAACUCCCCAGACAGAUCCUAUUCUCAAGAAGAGCCAAAGUUGUUUUUAAGUAACAAAAUGGAGGAGAACACAUAUCCAAUUAUGAAAAGAAAUUCACUUCAACAUUCCAGACAAUCCUUUGAUAACUGCAGACCAGAACAGAUCAGUUUACAUAAAUACUCAACGGAAAUAAGUGCAAACGAACCAGAGAGAAACAAACGAUGUAGUGGAUCCCUUGACGAAGCAGUAGCUGGAAGGACCUGGAAGAGUCCAGAUGAUCACAAAAAAGAAGAAGAAUGGAAACACCUUGUAGAAACUGCUGAUGCUCAGUAUCAAAAAACAAAUGUGAAUUCCAAAACAAUAAAAGAAGUUUCAAAUCCACCUGUACCAGAGGUAUCUCGGGUGCGUUCUCCUAUUAGUUCGCCAAUUUUUGAAAACAAUUUAGUUGAGCAGCCAUCACGGGGACGAAGUAACUCGGAUGUGUUUUUAGAUGAUCAUCCAAACACUAACUUUGGUAAUGUAACAGAAGAUUUCACAAAAAGAUUUGCAUAUAGACAACAACAUGAGACCAGUAACCUUAAUGCUACUGCUCCAGCUGGUGAAUCUAACUUCUCAUCUAGUGACUUAAGGAAGAUGUCAUAUUCAUCCUCUAGUUCUAUUCUGUCCCAGCUCCAAAGAGAUCAGAUGGUAGCUCCUUCCACUGAUAAACAAGCAGACUAUUAUUCAUCUACCAAAGAUUACCAUCGAGAAGAUACUUCACAAUAUGAUCACUCCAGACAAAUUCCCUUAAAUUCUUCUAAAAGCAAAUCAUCAAGGCAAGAAAGACAUCACCAUGACAAGUUUCAUGAUCAAACAAAUGAGGAUUAUAGCCAGCAGUUGAAAGCAAUGCAACAGAAGGUGUUGCAAAAAACAUCAUAUCCACAAUAUCCUAUGCAACCACCAUCUCCAAGACAUUCCGACUCCUCUAGUAGUAGUAACUGCAGCAGUAGGCGGAGUUCUCAUUCCCAGCAAUUUAGUGGGGAUUCAGAUGGUGGCCAGAACAAGUUCAGAGCAUCAGAGGCAAAUCUCUACAAACGUAAUCCAACAGAUGAAAAGGGGGACAGAACUCAUAGAUUUUCUGACCCAAGGAAGUAUCGCAAGAAACCAUUCGAUGACAUAAAGGUAGAACACCAGCAUUCAAAGUCUGACUCAGAACGCCACAAUAAGCCAUAUAAUAGUAUGCAAGGACAUAAGAUUUCAGACCCAAGUGGUGCUAUUCCCAAAUCGCAAAGGCUGUCUGACCCUCAAGCUAGCAAGCUUCAAGCCCAGGAUGCACUGUUAAACUUCUACAAAACCAAAAGCAUACGUACUGAUAGUAUGAGUAGUUUGAUUUCUCCACGAUCAACAUCAAUAUCUGGUAGCUCUCACCAAGGAAGCCUCUCAGACCAAGUAACAUCUCCUGUUGGAAUAACACACUCCAGGUCAUCAAGCAUGAGCUCAACCAGACAAUCUUAUAAUCAGUCAGGUCAGUUUUCAUCAUCAAGCUCAACAUCAUCUUUGUCACCAAUUCCAAAGCCUCCAUCUCCAAACACAGCAGGAAAAGGGAGUGGUGUAACAAUCCCAACUUACAUACAGCGAGCAUUUUCUUAUGAUGUGACCAAGGGACGGGUAUCAAUGGGCAGUUACAUUCAAAAUAAUGAGGAUCGUGCGUCUAUUCGACGAACAAACUCUUUGCUGCUACAGCCCCCUGUAAAAGUAAAACCAUUGGAUCAAAUUACAAAUAUACAGCAUGGAAUUGACAGUACAGAAAAUCUUAGAAACAGACCUCACCAAGCAGACAGUAAGAGUGGUUUCCCAUUCCGGGUGGAGGAACCUUCAGACUGGAGUGGGGUCCACUAUCAACCUCAAGGAAAUAAACAAGGAAUAUUAGAGAAGAAUGAGACAUCACACCAGACUAUUCUAGAAAUGGAAGAAGAGGUUCAUGAAACUCAAGCUAAACUGAGCAAAAGCCUGUCUUCUCCAGUCUUUAAAUUUCCAAAUACUGAUGUUUUAAGUCCGAAUAUCAUUCAUUCAACUGUCCGUCGUGAAGAAGAUUCUGACGGUUCUACUCGCAGUAGUGAUACGCCUGACAUAAUAGCUGGUACUGAACAGAAGGAUUCCCGAUUCAGACCGGACAUUGACAAGUCCCGUUUUAACACAGCUGAUAGCUUUAUACUACCAUCUCCACCAGCGACACCUAUUGACACCGAUGUGCCUUUUGAAGAUCUUCCUCCACCCCCACCAGAAGUAUUGGAAGACCAGUCGCACAUAUCAGAUACAGCGCUUCCUCUGCCACCACGAGAAAAUGCAAUAAACCAACUGAACAUUCUGGGCUCAGAAUGUAAACCAUCCACAGAAAAAUUUGUGGAACAGUCGAAUAACAAACUACAAAGACCAAUGACACUGUUCUUGCUGACUUGUACAAGAUCUAGUUCAGAAAUUGUUGUCAAUAGUCACAGAUUGAAUCGAUCAUCAGAAGAUGGCAGUGAUUGCAAAAUAUCUCCUUCAAUCACACCAUCAUUGUCUCCUACAUCAGAUGUCAGCCUUUCACCGUCAGUAGCUUACGAAUGCACAACAGGUGUUAAUCUCAACAAAACUCUUUCACCAAGUAAUGAUUUCAUCACUCAUCCGCCAGUAGAUACCAAUAUUGAUGUUAACAGGAAAUCCACAAGAACAAGUCCAUCAGAUCACCGUCAGACUUCACUCCAAAGGUGGAAAAAUCGGCGUACAUCUAAAACCGAUAAACAUUCAGAAGAACUUAAAAAUACAAUUCUUAGUUCAUGUAGUAAUUCAGAGUUAAUACGUUUACUGUCGACGGAAGUUAGUGCAGAACCGUACAUUAUGGAAAUAUUCCCGGACAUGUCCAACGGUUGUAACAAGAAUUAUGGGAAAAAGUCACCAUUGAAAAUCACGGACACGACUGAAGAUAGCCAAGGAUCACCAGAAAGGGUACCUUUGUCCCCAAUUUCUACGUUGUCUCCAACUUCACAGUAUUACGUCUCCACAUCCAAAGCUCUACUAAUAAAGAAAGCAUCAGAAGAGAUGGAAGGAAACUCAGAAGAAAUAAACACUCACGAACUUAACAAGAAAAAGGAGGAACUUAUUAAUAGUAUAAGCAAGAAAUUAGAAGGACUGAAAUUAGAAUUACAAGAACUUGAGGAAGAUAAGAAGAAAAAUGAUGAACUUGGAGAUGAAAUAACAGAAGUUGUGAAGAAAGUGUGUGAGCGAAGGGAGAUACGUAAGUACAACCAGUAUAUUGAGGAGCAGAGCAAGAUUAUUGACCUGCUGUUGUCGUUGUCUGGGAGGUUAGCCAGAGCUAAUAAUGCUUUAAAAGCUGCCGAAGCUGAAGGAGAUGAGGAACAAAAGACGAGUCUACAGCAGUUGUUAACAAAACUGAAUCGACAGUACGGUGAUGCUAAGACAUUGAAAGAUUCAGUGGAGAAAAAGAGUAAAACUGUUUCUGGAUUUCUGAAAACGAACUUAAACUCAGAACAAUACCAAGACUAUGAGUACUUUAUUGAAACAAAAUCACACUUAACCUGGAUGUCGCGAGAAUUUAACGACAAAAUCAAACUAGGGGAGGAACAGUUGCAGGCAUUGCGCGGUAGUAUGCUGCGCAGUGAAAAAUCAGAAAAGGUGUUAUAAUGCUGACUGGGAAUCGCUUUCACGCAGAUAAACCAUGUCCAAGAUGGCAUGUCAACUUUGUCUUUCAGUUUUUUGGAGGCUGGAGGAUGGCAUGUCAUGUCUGUCUGUUUUGUAGUGGUCAGAGGAUGGCAUUUCACCUUUGUCUUUAUUUGUGGAGGCAAGAAGAUGACAAGUCACCUCUGUCUUUAAUUUGUGGACGCAAGAAGAUGACAUGUCACCUCUCUCUUUCAUUUGUGGAGGCAAGAGGAUGGUAUGUCACCUUCGUCUUUCAUUUGUGGAGG